AUGAUAUAUGUAAAACAAAAGAAUUUAUUACCACUAUGUUUUGAAACUUGUUUUACUAAAUAUCAUAAAGUACUUGAUUUUUAUGCAGGAGGAUUAAUUAAAGAACGAGUUUCUUCAAAAAUAGUAAAUGCCUUUGAAAUAUGUGAUCCUUCUUUCUUUACAACAUUUAGAGAUUGUAUUAUGCAUAUGAGACAUACUGUCUUUGAUGAGUUAUUUGCUUAUUAUAUCCCUCAUCCAUUCUGUGAUAAGGGAAGGUUUGUAUGUCUUUUUGUAACUGAGUGUUAUGUAAGAAGUACAAACAACUCACUUCAUAAAGAAGAUGUUACUACAUUAUUAGAGCUAAUGAACUUUAUUCUAAAUUGUAUGUUUUUAGCUGGGUGUGACCUUUUCUUUCAAGUCCCAUCAUUCUUUCAUUUAACUGAACCAGAUAAACAUUUUCAAGAAAAGGAAAGACAUAUAGAUGUUCUUAUAAAAAAUCCAUUAUGCAGAUUGUUUGGUAAUGAAUAA